AUGGCGGCCGCCUGCAGCAGAGCGCUCUGUAAGGUCGGCGGUCGGGUUCUGGAGUCUGCAGCGGCCCGCGGGUCCGGUUCCGUCUCCUCCUGGAGGCCGUACGGUACCGGAGCCUUCCGGUCCAAGCUGCUGUCCUCUGCCCGGGCAGGAGCUGCAGGAGGCGGCUGCAGGGUGCUCGGCUGCGCGGCGCUGCUGGGUGGAGGUCUGGGUUUAUACCACACUGUGAGGUUCAGGCUCCAGCAGCACCUCGCCGAGGAGGAGACCAAGGUCUCAGGAGUAGGAGGAGGUCCGGCGUUGACCCUGUACCAGUACAAGACCUGCCCGUUCUGCAGUAAGGUCAGAGCCUUCCUGGACUACCACGGGCUGCCGUACGAGAUCGUGGAGGUGAACCCGGUGAUGAGGAAGGAGAUCAAGUGGUCGGUCUACAGAAAAGUGCCCAUCCUGAUGGUGGAUGGUGACGUGCAACUGAAUGACUCGUCCGUCAUCAUCAGCUCCCUCAAGACUUAUUUAAUCAGCAAGAACAAGAGCAUGUCUGAGAUCCUUCGCUGCUACCCGGAGAUGAAGUCUGUGAACGACCGCGGGAAGGAGGUGACGGAGUACAGCAACAAGUACUGGGUGAUGCUGGACGAGACGGAGGCCGCGACGUUCUACCCCGAGAAGGGAGCGCAGAAGGAGGAGAUGAAGUGGCGUCAGUGGGCCGACGACUGGCUCGUUCAUCUCAUAUCCCCCAACGUGUACCGGACCUCCGGCGAGGCCUUGGCCUCCUUCGACUACAUCGUGCGAGAGGGGAAGUUCGGCACCUACGAAGGAUUCUUCGCCAAAUACGUCGGCGCCACGGCCAUGUUCCUCAUCGCCAAGCGGCUGAAGAGUCGACACAAUCUGCAGGACGACGUGAGGCAGGAUCUCUACAAGGCCGUCAACGACUGGGUGGCUGCCAUCGGCAAGAAGAAGAAGUUCAUGGGAGGAGAUCGACCCAACCUGGCAGACCUGGCGGUGUUCGGCGUCCUCAGAGUGAUGGAGGGCCUGGAGGCGUUUGACGACAUGAUGGCGAACACCAAGGUCAAACUGUGGUACAGACGCAUGGAGAGGGCGUCGCUCAACCACGAGGGCCGAGAAUGAACGACGCUCCAGAUUUAAAAUAACAAACGGUUGAAAGAACACUUACAGCCUUCAGAGAGACUAAACGGUGAACUGCCAAGAAAGACGGACAGCCACCGGGAAGCAGGAAGCUAGAAGACCUUCUUUUAUUGUGAAAGGGCUUUGAGAAAUCCCUGAUAGACAAAUUAAUUUAAAACCUGCAGACAUUUAUGUAGAUGAAGACAUAACACACAUGAAAAUACUGUCGCCUUAUAUCUGAUUUGAGGAACCAUUAAACCCUCUACUGGUGAACGGCGGGAACUGCAACAAUUUAAACACUUAAAAAACACAAUUUUGUUAAUUUUCCGCUAAUGUGUUUGUUUUGUUUUUCAUUAUGGGGAGCUGAAAAUCCAACAUAUUGUCCCUUUAAUACUUUACAGCCUGAAGAGAUUCCAUGCAGAUCUGGAAAAUGUAUUUUUUACACAUUUCGAGACCUUAAAUGGUGUCACAAGAAAUGCGUCAUGUCCAAAAAAAGAAGGUUGUCAUUUGAAAACUAAAUUUCACACAUAUUACUGUAUGUUGUUUGUUUUUGAAUGAACAGGGUUUCUCAACAACAGAUUAUUUUGGCUCCUGCAAAAACUCAAACACUUGUAUUUAUGAAAAAUAAAAAAGUAAAAAUCUAUUUUAAUUUCUUCUGAUUUUGCUCGAUUAAUAUUGAUGUUCUAGCUUUAAACCUCUUCUGACUGUUAUACAAGAGUAAACUAAUUGGGGAAAAAAAGAUGUUUAUCUAUUUAUUCCAGGUGAGUGUUUCUCUGUGUAACUGAUGCAGGAUCAGUCCGGCAGCGAGGAAUCAAGAAGCUCGUCUGCUGGUUUUCUCUUUUUAGGAUGAAAUUAAAUAAAGUGUAAGAAGAACUGAUGAGCUGCCAGUUUGAAUGUACUUAAUCUACAAUAUGCAGAUGCAUUUCUUGAAUUAAUUGUAUUAAAGCAAACUCAACGUGCAUAAUUGUAAAAAGGUUAACAAAUAAAAAAAAUAA